GAAGUGCAUUUUAAACAUGUUGGAGCGAAACCGGGUUGUGUUGUUUUAAUGGAAAUUGUGAUGAAAUAUGUCAGAAAUAAAACGUGUAUCAUUAACUACACUUGAACCGCAAAAAGUGAGUGAUAAAGUGAAUAAAAAGCAGUUCAAAACAGUAAGGAUAUCUGUGAGUUUACCCGAAUCUAAUGAAGACAACUGCCCUGAAUACAACUAUAAGGACCAACUAGCUGCUGUAAAGAAAAAAUUUAAGCAAGUGAAAGAUUCAAAUUGUGUCGAAAAUGGGCUGGAUCCAUUUGACAAUGAUGACGAUGUCAAGAGAAUUGCACUCGAAAUGGAAGCAAAAUAUGGCACCGGAAUGACUGGUGGCGCCGCCAACGUCAACAACAACAACAACAACCGGCGCAGGCGCGCCAAAGGUCGCAAAGACGACUACGCUGACAUCGGCAUGGGCUACGACGAGUCCGAUUCGUUCAUCGACAACACCGACGGCUACGAUGAAAUCAUCCCCCAAAAUGUCACCACCCUGCACGGGGGGUUCUACAUUAACUGCGGGGCCCUGGAAUUCAAGACUGACGACGAUGCCAGUUCUGACGAUGCUUCUUCCAGUUCGUCGAGCGAUUCUUCCGAUCAGGAAGAGCAAGAAGGGGAGGGCACCGAGGAGGGUGCGAGGGGUGGUAGCGGGGAGGAAGGACGAUCCAAGAAGAGCAAAAAGCGAGUAUUGGAUUCUUCCAGCAGCGAUAGUGAAACUGCCAGCACUUCCCAAGUAGAGAAGAAACCGAAAUUGCAAACGGUGAAAACGACCAUGCACCAGGCCAUCAAAAAGAAGCUGUUCAGCUCCGAGAAAAUCCAAGUCAAAAAGAAAAACCUCAUAGACCCUCUGAAAAAAACCGUCAAGGAUCUCUUGAGGGAAAAACGGGAAGAUCUCGAUAUGUCCAUUCCAGGAGAGCUCAAAGAAAUUGAAGAACACGUGGAAAAGGAUUCUCUUAAGGAGAAUAAAAAACCCAUGAGUAUUACCAGUGUCACAGAUGCCAUAGAGUCAGUAGUAAAACAUGUAGUUGAAGAAGUGAAUUAUGAUAAAAACCAAAAUAGACAGAACGUAGAUGUAAAUACGACUGAUUUGAGUAUAAACAAAAGUGUAACGGAAAACCCCCAGAUAGUCUUAACGAACGUAGAAUCUAGUCAAGAUGUUAGCAAAGUGCAGAGACCGGAGGUAACCAAAUUGCCAGAGAAUUUGCCUAGUGACAUAACAGAAAUAGUAGAUAAGAUCAAAAUGGAGGGCGUCAACUAUAAAGGAGAAGGCAAAAAGGCUUUCUUCACAGACGAGGUCAACGCAUUAUUGCUCAAUUUGGAGAGAAAAUGUAGAGUUCUCGGAAAAUCCUCCAGACUCCGAGUCUACGAAUACCUCUCGUCCUUCGUGGUUGUAUGCAAAAAAGACACGCUUAUGAAGCGAGCGCGAAGUUUGAUCCUGGACCAAGAGGAAAAACGACUCAAAAAGCUGGAAGUUGAGCUGAAAGACACCAUCCAGUAUGUGAUGCCUUCUUUGACGGCCAAAUUCGAACAGGAAUGUCAAAUUAUUUUGGCCAAGAAGUUUUCCAGGGAAGGUGCUGAAAGUGAGGAGCUGAAAGCAUUGAAAAUGCCUAGAAGGAAGUUCCCAUGGACUGACGAAUCCAGGAAAUUGAUAAAAGAUAUCCUGAGUUUCAAGAAACGCUGUCUAAUCAGAGAAGGAAAACAAAAAGACAAGCUCGAAGAGCAAGUCGUAAACUACUUGAAAACGGUCAUCCUACCUCUCUGGCCGGAAGGCUGGAUGUACCUAAACAACCUGAAAAAAGUCUACAACAGCAUGGCAUCAGACAAUAACAGAUCCGCCAACAGUAGCAUAAACACCACUACACAUUCCAACACCUCCAAAAAUACAACAAUCGCUCCGACGAUGAUAAACGAAGUCAAACCUCACCUCCAAAACACCUCCGCCGAUUCAACCGUUCAUAGCUCCAAGCCCCAAUCGGAGACGACUAAAUCACCCCCGAGAGACAAACCUGUCGAUAUGUUCAAGACCUACACGGAAAAAAAUUCUAAAUUACCCGAAAAAAUCUCUACGCAUUCGAUGGAGCCGAUAAAAUCAGAAUCAAUCACAGACUCUUCCAAACAAUCGAAAAUUCAUGGGGAGAACACUGUCAAAGCUCAUGCGGAAUCUUUGAACGAUUUCUCCAAACAACCGAAACAUUCCACAGGAAAAUCAGCUGGAAACGAUGACCUACCUUCCGACCUCUCUAUGUCUUCGAAAAUGUUCAAACCGUACGCCGAUAACCCCAUCGAUAAAGCCAAAAAUACUUCAGCGGACAGCGAAAGACACAGCAAACCCACUGAAAUAUACAAACCAUACGUUGAAGAAGCGAUGGCAAAUUUAUUCGGAGAAAACUUCACUGCCUCCUACCCGGAGAAAUCGGCUGUUAAACCCGAUAAAGGAGACAGAAUCGCCUCUUACUCAGAUAAAUCGGCGAGUAAAUCGGAAAAAGCGGACAGGAUAGCCUCUCACCCUGAUAAAUUGGCAGGCAAAACGGACAUGGUAGCCCCGUUCCCGGAUAUAACGGCCGGUAAAUCCGAUAAAGCCUCUUACCCAGGUAAAUCGGACAAAAUUGCCUCUUAUUUGGAGAAAUCGGCUGGUAAAUCCGAUAAAGCCUCUUACCCAGGUAAAUCGGACAAGAUUGCUUCUUAUUCGGAUAAAUCGGCUGUUAAAUCCGAUAAAGUCACUUACCCAGGUAAAUCGGAGAGAUCGGACAAGAUAGCAUCUUACGCGGAUAAGGUGGCUGGUAAAUCGGAGAAAGCUGACAUGAUAGCCUCUCACUCAGAUAAAUCGGCUAGUAAAUUCGAUAAAGUGGAGAGGACAGCCUCUUACGCGGAUAAAUCGGCUGCUAAAUCGGAUAAAGCGGAGAGGACAGCCUCUUAUCCUGACAAAUACCUUUCGCUCCCCGAAAGGACUCCCAGCAUAGAUUCCAAACAGCAUCAUCGAGACAAAUCGAAGGAUUUUUCGCAGUUCGAGAUGUUCAAGCCCUAUGCCGAUGCGAAGGUGAAUCCGUUUUUGAAUCACAGGGCGAAAGAUAAGGGGAAAUCUCACGGGGAGCAUGGCGCUGCUUCUUCUUCGUCGUCUUCCAAGCAUAAAGAGGCUAGGAGUGAUGGAAGUUUGAAACAUGCACACAGACUGUCAGACAUUCCGACGAUCUUCGAGGACUCCACCGUCAUCAUGAAGACCGUCCACCAGGACUCCUCGACCGCCGGCAUCGAUCUCUCCGAGAGGUCGAAGAAAUUCCGCCCCGCUACCCCCGAUCUUUUUCUCCCCGCCUACCAACCCACCACCUCCACGCCAAUCAUCCCCACGAAAAAUGUCCCCGCGCCGAAUGUCUCCACGAAAAAUGUCCCCGCGGCGAAGAUAUCCAAGAGCGAGGGGGAUGAUAUCCAGAUGGUGAUGGAGAACUUGAAGGCGCUGCAGAAGCUGUCUUGCUCGCCGAUCAAGAAUGAUAAUUCGUCGAGCUCGCCCGUGUCCGUGAUCGCGUACAACAAGAGUUUCGUCAAGUCCGGAUCCGGGGGCAAUCAGGCCGUGGAGUCGCACAACUCCAAGGGCGAGGAGUUCCCUGGCGGCUACCAGGACGAGUUCCAGAAGCAAUUCAUCAGCUCCUUGCAGCAGCUGCAAGCAAACGCGGGCGCUUCCAAAUCGAGCUAUAACCGGUGCAGCUAGUCGUAUCGAUCUUUGCUGCUCUGUGCCCAUGGUGUUCGCUGGGCCUCUCUGGAAUAGCUGGUCUGUUACUGAAGCUUACUUCUGGUAUCCAAGACACCAGAAAUUAUUAUUCUGUUCUUGAUUGCUACAUAUUAUAUUGUAAAUAUCAGUGAGUCUACUGCCUAUAGAAUUGAAAAUAUACCAACCUUGUAUUUUGUUUUGUACAUUUGAAAUUGUUCAAAAACUUUUUUUUGUCACAAUUAUGUAUUUAUUUUUUCUUGUAUAUUAUUAAAAAGAUGUUUGUUGUAAUUUUUAAAUAUAUUUUUUC